CAGAGCCCCGGACCGAAAGCAACCUCCGCUCGCGCUUGCGACGGCGUGACCCCCCCGUCCUCUGUCUCUCCGUCCGUCCUUUAUAUCCCCCGCGGCUGCAGAGGCGGGCGAGGCUAGCGGAGGUAGGAGAAGAGAGGAGAGCCAUCGCGGCAACCACAAACAAACCCAGCUGAAAGGCGCACACACCACCGUGCAGGUUACAUGGGAGGAGGCCGCGGUCUGGUCACCGGGUUCUACGUCUGGGGCUGGGAGUUCCUCACCGCGCUCCUCCUCUUCUCCGCCGCCCUCUCCUGCUAGCUUCUCGAUCAACCCUUGAAUCUUGAUUGAUUAUAAUCCAGUUCUACACAUACAUAGAUACACCAAACUUACUAGUAUUAGGUAGAGAGACAUCUGUUAGGUGAUUGUGAUUGAGCCGGCGAGGAUGGCCGGGGCGGCGGCGCAGCAGCAGCAGAAGGGUGGUGGUGGUGGUGGUGGUGUGGUGAGGGUCGGCGGCGGAGGGCCGGCGCCGUUCCUGACCAAGACGCACCAGAUGGUGGAGGAGCGCGGGACGGACGAGGUGAUCUCGUGGAGCGAGCACGGGCGGUCGUUCGUGGUGUGGAAGCCCGUGGAGCUCGCCCGCGACCUCCUCCCGCUCCACUUCAAGCACUGCAACUUCUCCUCCUUCGUCCGCCAGCUCAACACCUACGGUUUUCGGAAGGUGGUGCCGGACCGGUGGGAGUUCGCAAACGAGAACUUCCGGCGAGGCGAGCAAAGCCUCCUCUCCGGCAUCCGUCGCCGCAAGGCUACGGCGACGACGACUCCCCAGUCCUCGAAAACCUGCGGAACCGGCGUAAACGUCGCGUUCCCUUGGCCGCUGCCCGUUCUGCCUCCCGCGUCUGUCAGCACGUCCGGCACCGGCAACGACCACAGCACCUCCUCGGCGUCCUCGCCGACGCGCCCGGAUCUCAGCAGCGAGAACGAGCAGCUCAGGAAGGACAACCACGCGCUGGCAGCGGAGCUGGCCCUGGCGCGGAGGCACUGCGAGGAGCUCCUGGGCUUCCUCUCCCGCUUCCUGGACGUCAGGCAGCUGGACCUGCGUCUGCUGAUGGACGGAGACAUGCAAGGCGCGGCCGGCGGCGCACGCUCGGCGGACCAAGAGCACUGCUGCGAGAAGAAGGUGAAGCUGUUCGGCGUGAUCCUCAAGGACGCGUCGGCGAGGAAGAGGGGCCGGUGCGACGAGGCGGCGGCCAGCGAGCGGUCGAUGAAGAUGACGAGGAUCGGGGAGCCGUGGGUCGGCGUCCCGUCAUCCUGCCCGGCGCGUUGCGGCGGCGGGAACUGAUGCGCGCUUCGCCGUGGCCGGACGGCUGCACCCAGCAGGCGCGCGCGCUGUUUUACAUUUGUACGAGUGCAUGGGCAGCAUGGCUACGCUGAUGGCAAGUUGGCAACAAAGCCAACACUGGUUCCAUUUCAUCAACGUUGUCUUACAAAAAGCUUUAAGAAAAGCAAGCUUAGAACACAAAUUAAAGUCCAUAGCUCACGUACCCGUGUAAGAAACUAAGAACUAAUGCAGGUACGAUGGUAAGUAGUAGGAAGGUUGCAAAGAUGAAGAGUAUUAGAAGAUUGGAAUUUGGAAGAUGGAGCUCAUACUGAUUGAAGCCACGCAGCUGGCUCCUCCUUGUUGUUGAUCCGAUUACACACAUAAACGUUUGCAGAACUAAUGCUAGGAGCACUAAGUUUGACAAGGUGUAAAGCUAUACACCCCAUUUGAGAUUUACAGAUUGUAUCCUGAGGUUCUGUCUUCAAAUACGUACUGAUAUUUUUUUUC